GAGAAUGCCAAACGCGGGUUGGACAUCGUAAAGAAAGACCCAGAGCUGGUAUCACUUCUCAAAUCCAUCUACCAAGAUCAACUACAAGAGCGAGAUGACUUCUUCGCCGCUAUGGCCGAUUACACUGGAUCUUGUGGCGACACUGAGGCAGAAUUUGAGCCCAUACUGGAGAAACGGACUACUGCCAACUGCUUGCCUCACACACUUCCCGACUUCCUACCAAGCAACAUCACCGGCUUGAAGAAAUUUCCGGAGGCAGCAUACCCUUACAAAGAUCCUGCGCCUUCAGAUCAGAGAGGGCCUUGUCCCGGUAUGAACACUCUGGCCAACCAUGGCUAUAUCCCUCGCAAUGGAAUCACCACCGUGGCGCAAACUGUUGUUGCUGCAGCACGCGUGUUCAACAUGGGAGCCGAUCUCACCACUUUUCUUGCAGGUGGUUCAGUCCUCUUUGCCGGCGACAUACCUACAAUGCGAUACUCAAUUGGUGGUGCAGAUAAGCGCACCAACUCCGCUGGUGCACUAGGCAGUGCAUUGGGAACCGAAACCGGUCUAUCCGGUCAUCUCCGGUUCAAAGAAGGUGAUGCUUCUGGCACCCGCUGCGAUUUUUACCUCUGCGAUGGCGAUAACCACAACAUGAAUGGCAGCAUCUUCAAGGACCUACAAGACAAAGCGAAGACUUAUGGCGGUGGUCAGUACAACGUCAAGGCCUUGAUUCACCACUCUGCGGCUCAGUAUCAAAACUCUCGCAACAACAACCCGAACUUCUAUUUCUUGCCGCCCUCAUCUGCACUGACUAUCGGAGCUACCUACUUCACCGCCGGCUUCUUCUCCAAUGGUACUAUCGGAUACGGGGGUGUUGCCAACGAGGCAUCAAUCGCGUCUUUCGACGGUGCUUAUUUCAACACCAACGGCACAGUCUCAUACCAACCCGAGCAAAUUCCUCCGCAGGGCUGGUAUCGUCGGGGCUUCCCCAUGUUCCUCUCUGAGGGUAUUGAUGGCAUCAUCACUCUGUAUACCGGUGUAGCCGCCAUCUUGGGCACCACUGUGAACGGAACUAUCUGUGCUCUGGAAGGAGCUCUCUACGGUGACUUCGUCAGUGAGUUCAGUAAUGUGCUCUCGACAGCUGUAGGUGCUCUGAAUACCGUAACAUCUCUG